UCGGUAACAAACAUAUCUAAUAGACCAAACUUUUUAAGGAAAUUUGAAACAUAACUGCAACUGCAGUUGUUAGUAGCUAGAGUAAAUAAUUUAAUUAAUUGUAGAUACUAAUUUUGCUGAAACGCUGAAAAAAAUUAAUAUAAUUAAUUAAAUAAUUUCAUUCAUAAUCCUUACUGUAUCAAUUCCACAUUGAGCCUAGAUUUAUAGCAUUUGAUCUAAAAGAUCCAAAUAACCAACCCAAAUAAUAAACAUUUACCAUCUGUUUUUGCCAAAGUUUAAAUAAGCCUUUUUCGGGUUAAGUUCUUUAGGGAUUCUCAGUAACACUGCAGAAGAUAUUUGUACAAAUGUAGUUUAUUUCGUGUAUUUUUCUGUGUAAAAUAAUGCCAGUUAUGUGUCUGUAUUUGUUUAUAAUUUUGAUAGUCUAACGGCCUUUUGAGUAGGCGAAAUUCAACAUAUUGUGCUACAAAAGUGAUGAAAGUUGAGACAUGUUUCCUGUUUCAGUUUAAUUUUAUAUGUGAAAGUGCCCAAUUAACAUUGUUUGAUUUUAAUGAUAGCAGAGGCUCAGUUCAACUUCAAAUAUCGAAAUGCAAAAAAGGAGAAGCAAUGUGUGAAAAUGUUGAUUUUUAUCCGCAUCGAUACAUUGAAGAUGUCUUAAAGAACUACAGAAUGCCAAAAUUGUUUUUUGGCCAGAGUGAGGUACCUGAAGAUGAUUUUUUCUCAGAUCGACAAUACGGCGAAGAUGGGAGAUUUGUAUGCAGUUCCAUAACCAGAACAAUAUUUCCCAAAUCAGGACAAAAUAAGGACAACCAAUGGAGAUUUAUUGUUAAUCAGGGAUCAGGGGAUGGGUUUGUUCAAGGCGUUCAAGUCGAAGUCUGCAGAAACCCAGAGCGAGAAUGUGAUAUACCGGGGGGCGCUCCAUUAGAAUACGAAACUUUCUGUAAGCAAAAGUACAUUUACAAAAAGUUAUUCGCAUUAAAUGAGAGAGGGGAGCUGUUGCUGGAAUCUUUUAAAAUGCCAUCAGCUUGCUGUUGCCAAUAUAAACGAAGAUAUAAUGAUUUUUCAAAUAGGAUGGGGUUUAGUGGUUCAGAAUCCAACGGAACUGCCACUAGAGUAUGGACUACUGUUUGAAAAGAACAUUGACCAAAUAAAAUAACAAGUCGAUUUCCAAAAAAUAUACGUAUCCUAUGAUGCCUCGCACUUAUGCGCAAUUUACACGCAAUUUGGUGGAAAAUAGGACUGAAAACUUUAAUGGAAUUCAAAAGUGAUAUUACCUAACUCAGACUCCUCAACCUGAAUGAAACAGAUUAAAAAGGAACAACUUAAAAUGAAGUGUCUCAAUUGCCAUACAACAAUAUCGCAUU